CCACCACAAACGUCGCCAACCUUCAGACACAAACAGCGUCACGUCACCGCAUCCAGCAUUGUCUCGAGCGAAGCUCCAGAAAACCUCACAACAUGGACGACGACGUGUUAACCACCUUAAAAAUAUUAAUCAUCGGGGAGAGCGGUGUCGGAAAAUCCAGUUUGCUCCUGAGGUUUACAGAUGACACGUUCGACCCAGAAUUAGCCGCAACGAUCGGUGUGGACUUUAAAGUGAAAACCAUCACAGUAGACGGCAACAGAGCCAAGCUUGCUAUAUGGGACACAGCCGGACAGGAAAGGUUCAGAACUCUGACGCCCAGCUACUACAGAGGAGCACAGGGGGUAAUAUUAGUGUACGACGUGACGAAGCGGGACUCGUUCACGAAGCUGGAGAACUGGCUGAGCGAGCUGGAGACGUACUGCACGCGCAACGACCUCGUCAAAAUGCUCAUCGGGAACAAAAUCGACAAGGACAACCGUGAGAUGGACAGAAACGAGGGCCUGAAGUUUGCUCGUAAACACUCCAUGCUAUUCAUCGAGGCGAGCGCUAAGACCAGGGACGGUGUCCAGUGUGCCUUCGAGGAGCUGGUGGAGAAGAUCCUGCAGACCCCGGGCCUGUGGGAGAGCAGCGUCCAGAAUCACAGCGUUCAGCUGGGAGAGCAGCAGGCGCACAGCUACAGCGCAUGCGGCGGAUACUGCUCCCUCAUCUAACUCCCACAGGGUGACAAUUCCACCGGACUGAGACACGAGAUGAUUGAGGGAAAAAAAAAAAAAGAAACGAAACAAACUGCGAUUUCCUUCUUCUGAACGAGCGGCGAAGGUCGUCCGGGUUGAACGGGGAAGACGAAGGACGUUCACGCACCCUGUUUGUCCUUCCACUUUGAUUUCUGUAUGGUAUUUUAUCUAACUUAUCAUAGAGCUCCGUUGCUGUCACCGUGUCACUUAUACUGAAGCAGAAGGACCGAUGCUGACAUCAAUGUCUCUCUCUCUCUCUCUCUCUCUCUCUCUCUCUCUCUCUCUCUCUCUAGUAUAAUUAUAACAGUUUAAAAACAGGGGCCAUUAAAGUGAAGAAAGAGGGUGUGAUUAAUUUCUCUACUCGAAGUAUAGAGACUGUCCUACACUUUCCAUCAGGUUCCACCCCGUGCUUCGUCCCCAGGCCUCUUUGCUCUGUCUAAUAUAAUAUAUUCCCUUUUAUUUUUGUAAUCAUCUCGAGUGUUGGCUGCUUUGACCCGGCUCCGAGCAACCAUCCCGUUUGCUGUUUUUAUAAUCCGUCUCCUCGCUUAGCAUGAACCUGCUAGCUUCUCUUCAGAAAUAUUCACACUAAAAUAUAAGGAAUGCCUUUUUUUUUUCUUCUUCUUCUUCUUAUCGUUCUUCCUUUAUCGUCUCCGUGUGAUUUUUACAUCCGUAGAACAUUCUUAAAGUGCAAUAACUUUUCAUUUUCAUUCAUGGACCACUGAUAUGUACAAUUCUAGCACCUGCGUACUGGGUUGGAAAUGUUAGGCUUUUAGAAAGGUUUGGCUGGAUCCCAAUUUUUUUUUUAGUUUUGGUGACUCCUUAUUGUAGACGUGGUUACGCCUCUAAUCGUUGUGUUAAACAUGACCGUCACUGUUGAUAUGACUACACACUAAAUCGUGAGAACUGGGUUUAACAUCAAUAGUUCAUGUCCUGAGCUUAAUGCAUUCUGAGACUAAAGGGUACGAUUCCGGUACCCUACACCCUUUGUACCUUUACAACGAAUCUUUUACCUCCAUGAAAAGCAGACAGACAAAUCCUUUUAAAGGUACGCUACAUCAACAUUUCCAGGCUAAAGCGAUGUAUUAAAGGUUCAAAUUGUGAAAGGGUAUCACCACGGCGACAUGUACCGUGUUAACCCCCGUCCCUCUUUAACCCGAGAACGUAUACCCGAGAGUGUAUAUUAAGCCUGAUGUUAAUUUAAAGCAGGUAUUAGUGCUUUCUUUUCAUCUGGAAAUCGACCGAUUCCACUUUAAAGGGGCUAUAUGUUAAAGCGACGUUUAAAGCACGUCACGGAGCCGCACCCUUCUGCUUUUCCCGACAGUAUCCGAACAUCUCGCAGGCGAAUAAAGAGCACGCGCGGUCUCCGUUUCCUGUCGUUCCACACGGCCGCCGUACUCCCGAUGAGCUGAAACUUCUGAAAUCCCCAAAGAAACGAAGACGAGGUUCAAUCGAAUAUGCGCCGAGUUACCGGUACUGUGAAAUCUGUAAGGGAUGCGCGUUUAACGUGCUCCGUCCAGGUGUGACGCGUCACGUGAAGCUUAUAACGGGAUCGGCCGACUUUUAAAAGGAUAAUAAAAACCCGCCUAGCGUUCACCAGACGUGAGCUUAGCGCCUUCAUUAACCGAAUAAAGUAAACCCUACGUAUAAUACACUGACACCUUGGAAAUUAUUAUUAUUAUUAUUUUGGGCUGUAUGGUUAUCAGACCGUAAUAUUCCUAUCAUGAAAGCCAGGAUGAAAGCAUCAGACAAAUGAGGAAUUACAUGAACGUCUUUUGAUCAGGUUGAUGGAAACUCCUGCAGUUAACGAGCGCGUGUUACGGAGCUGCUCCGGUUCGCUCGCUUCUGCAGGAUUCUGUAAUGCGUCGGGACGGGAUUGGAAGUGUGUCACUGAGAGAAUCCGUACUGUUUUGUUUUGCAAUAAAAUUUCACUUAUGAUCCAA